CAAUUCAAAUGACUUUGUCAGCAUUCCAGCGGCAGUCUGUGAACACAGAGUAACAACGAGACGGCUCAGGUGAAAAUGGAAGACUAUUUGAAAAUAGAGAAAAUUGGAGAAGGUACUUAUGGCGUGGUGUAUAAAGGCAGGCACAAGGCCACAGGGCAGGUUGUGGCUAUGAAGAAGAUCCGUCUGGAGAGUGAGGAGGAGGGGGUUCCCAGCACUGCUGUCAGAGAGGUCUCUCUGCUUCAGGAGCUGAAGCAUCCAAAUGUUGUACGGCUCCUGGAUGUCCUGAUGCAGGAGUCUCGUCUUUACCUCAUCUUUGAGUUUUUGUCUAUGGACCUGAAGAAGUACUUGGACACUAUCCCCUCUGGCCAGUACAUGGAUCCUAUGCUGGUGAAGAGCUACCUUUACCAGAUCUUGGAGGGCAUCUACUUUUGUCACUGUCGUCGGGUCCUCCACCGGGACUUGAAACCCCAGAACCUCCUGAUUGACAACAAAGGAGUCAUCAAACUGGCAGACUUUGGUCUAGCACGUGCUUUUGGUGUUCCUGUCAGGGUCUACACCCAUGAGGUUGUAACUCUGUGGUACCGGGCUCCAGAAGUCCUCCUGGGUUCACCCAGAUAUUCAACCCCCGUUGAUGUUUGGAGCACUGGGACCAUCUUUGCUGAACUUGCCACAAAGAAGCCUCUGUUCCACGGAGACUCUGAGAUCGACCAGCUGUUCAGGAUCUUCAGGACUCUUGGAACCCCAAACAAUGAUGUCUGGCCUGAGGUCGAGAGCCUGCCUGACUACAAAAACACAUUCCCUAAAUGGAAAUCUGGUAACCUGUCAUCGAUGGUGAAAAACCUUGAUAAGAAUGGCCUGGAUCUGCUGGCGAAAAUGUUGACCUACAAUCCUCCCAAAAGGGUCUCUGCACGCGAGGCCAUGACUCACCCUUACUUUGAUGACCUGGACAAAUCCACCCUCCCUGCUGCUAACAUAAACAAAAUCUAAAAAUUACUGACCCUACAUACAAACACAUUCAGAACCAUUGUGAAUUACCAUUCUGUAAAUACUUGUGUGUAAAAAAUGUAUUCCUUUAGUAAUGUUCUGUCUUUCAACAAUGUCUUUUCAAUAAAACCGCACUUUCUGUCUCAAAACUA